AGAAAUAUCAGAGGAGCCUGGCUUCCCUGGGACAUGCCAUUUGAGAAAGAAAAGUAACUUAACGCUGACUGCAGGCGGGGUCAGGGUGAUGUAACAGGAAGCUCUGAUGUUUCGCUGCUGCCGCCGCUCCUCGCUUACAAUCUGACACGCUCCCGGCGCUGCCCGCAGCAGCGCUUCUCUGCGGAGCGCGGCGCGGCCGGGGCACCUCUCCCCCCUGCUCCAGCAGGCUCGGUACCUGGAUUAUACCCAGCGAGAAGAUCGGGCUCUCCCAGCUCUCUUAUUUGGCCGGGGAGGGAGGGAGCGAAACAUCUUCUUUCUCCCUGACUGAAAAGGGAAAUCAAACUGAUUUAUCUGAAACCGUUCUCGUAAAAAACUCAGUGCGUUUGACUUCAUUCAACUACAAUACAAAAUUCACUGCACCGGAUAUAAAGAUGACAAAAAUCUGGAUCACAUUUUUGCUGCUGUUCUUAUCAGUUACAAUGUUUUUUGCCACUGCUAUACCAUCUGAAGGGCAUCAGAAUAUGACGGAGGACUUCACUCAACUGAGUGUUACACGGAAUAAAAUCAUGACAGCACAGUAUGAAUGCUACCAGAAAAUUAUGCAAGAUCCUAUUCAUAGGAAAGAAGGUCCUUACUGUAACAGGACAUGGGAUGGAUGGCUGUGCUGGAGUGAUGUUGCUGCCGGAACUGUGUCAGUACAGCGUUGUCCUGACUACUUUCAGGAUUUCAACCCAUCAGAAAAAGUUACGAAGAUCUGUGAUCCAAGUGGGAAUUGGUUUAGACACCCAGAAAGCAACAGGACGUGGACAAACUAUACCCAGUGUAAUAUCUAUACUCAUGAGAAAGUGAAGACUGCUCUGAAUUUGUAUUACUUGGCCAUCAUCGGACAUGGUCUUUCAAUUGCAUCACUUCUGAUUUCUCUUGGCAUAUUCUUUUAUUUUAAGAGCUUGAGUUGCCAAAGGAUUACCCUGCAUAAAAAUCUAUUUUUCUCUUUUGUUUGCAACUCUGUUGUAACAAUAAUUUCACUGACUGCAGUUGCCAACAAUCAGGAGUUAGUUGCAACUAAUCCAGUUAGUUGCAAAGUGUCACAGUUCAUCUACCUGUACCUAAUGGGUUGCAACUACUUUUGGAUGCUGUGUGAAGGCAUUUACCUGCAUACUCUCAUUGUGGUGGCAGUUUUUGCUGAGAAACAACACCUGAUGUGGUAUUACCUUCUUGGCUGGGGUUUUCCACUGAUCCCUGCCUGCAUACAUGCCGUUGCUAGAAGUUUAUAUUACAAUGACAAUUGUUGGAUCAGCUCUGAUACUCAUCUGCUGUACAUCAUCCAUGGCCCUAUUUGUGCUGCUCUGUUGGUGAAUCUUUUCUUCCUGCUCAAUAUCGUUCGUGUUCUGAUAACGAAGCUGAAGGACACCCACAAGGCAGAAUCCAACCUGUACAUGAAGGCAGUGAGAGCCACCCUGAUUCUGGUGCCACUCCUUGGCAUUGAGUUUGUGCUGUUUCCAUGGCGACCAGAAGGCCGAAUCGCUGAGGAAGUGUAUGACUAUGUGAUGCACAUCCUUAUGCACUACCAGGGUCUGCUGGUGGCUACAAUUUUCUGCUUUUUUAAUGGAGAGGUCCAAGCUGUUUUGCGACGGCACUGGAAUCAGUACAAAAUCCAGUUUGAGCACAGCUUCAGCCACUCGGACGCUAUGCGCACCGCUUCCUACACAGUCUCGUCAAUCAGCGAUGUUCAAGGCUACAGCUACAAUCAUGACUGCACCAGCGAACAUUUAAAUGGGAAGGGCUACCAUGACAUGGAGAGUGUUGUUUUAAAAACUGAAAAACUGUAUGGUUGACUGCCAAAGGCUCGGGCUAUGCCGGUGUGCUUACCCUCCUGAACUCCAAGUUUGACUGAAUGACUUCACGGCCAGAGGAUUUUACCUAACUUGGGAUGUGUUUUUUUUUUUUUUUUCUCCUGAAUGAUGCAAACUAAACCAACACAUUUUUCAUAUGUAUGCAUAUAUACAUAUGUUUGUGUUUCUGUGUAUCUAUAUAGUAUGGACAUCUGUACAUGCAUACAUCUAUAUAUGUAUGUGCAUUUAUAUAAGGAUACAAACUUUGCCUCUUCAGUUUCUACUGUGUAGACAAAGUUGGCAAUUUUUUGUACAAAGGGAAUCAAUGAAGGAUUUCUUACGUUCUUGGAAGUUUGUAUAAGACUGUAUUGUGUUGAAGCCACUUCAUUUGCCUAUAGAAUCUUAGAGUGUAAAUACCAUACUGUAUUGUCUUAAUUCAACCUAAAACAGAACAAAGGAAAAUGGUUAAAGUAGGUGCAAUAAUAACAAUAAGAUUGUCCAGGCUAAUUUUGUGUCCAGCAUUUGACUGUCAAAAAAAGCCCAACAGAUAGAUAGGUAACAGGCUCAAAGAUAUCAAUAGUUUGGGUUGGUUUGGCCAGUUUGGUUUUUUCCAUUAUUUUAAAUCAAGCACAGAGAAAUCAACCAGUGCAAGUCUGAGACUCCACUUCUGUACUGCAAUGUAAUAUUUUACAGCAAGCUUUGAGCAGUUUUAUUUAAACUAUUUUUGCACAUACAGGAGUGUCUCCUCCUCAAGUUUAUGGCAGUUUCUUAUUGGCUUUAACACAGAGCAGAUCAAUGAGGCCUUUGUUUCUUUGGUUCUACUGGUGAAUAGAGGUCUCACUGAAAAUGAAGAGGUUGUCAGGAAGGUCUUGAGAAAAAUGUGUCUUUAUAGCACGCUAUGGUUUAGUAAUAGUUUAUGCUUUAAAGAAAGGGUUUUCUUGGGUGAAAUGACAAAAAUAUUCAAGAACAACGACAUGAUAUCAGGUGAGUUUAGAAAAGUCUUACUAAAAAUCCCAAAAGCAGAAAUAGGUUUUAUUGGUUUAUUUUGCAGGUAAGUUUGCUUCAAGUGGGGAAAAAAACCCAAAACAAAGUAGAAGAAAAAUAGAUUCCGGAGUUGAUAGACUAUUAAGCUAAUUAAUGUAUAUCUGCUGCAUGUAAGCCAGUCAAAAAAAUGACAGUUCUUUCUGAGACCACUUCAGUUUUAAAUACUUAAUUUUGUAUAUGAACAACUUGAUUUUAACAUGUACACGUUUUUGUCAGUAGCCUUUCUGUAAGCUUCAUUAGCAUCUAGUUAAUUUGCUGUCACAGUGUUUAGUAUUUUGUGACUGCAUAAGGCUUUAAAUGCUUUGUAUUUAGAAGGGAAACAGUAGGAGGAUACGGUAAGUUCACACCACUUGCACCUUUCCAUAGUUUUUUACAGUUCUUAUGUAUGGAGUUUGAAUUUAGAAAGUGUUUUAUUAAUGAUUUAGUUUGAUAAUAUAGCAUCUCAGCUGGGAUGCACAAAUAUAAAUUUCUGUUCUGCAAGGCUGUCUGGUUGAUUGAUGGGAAGGAUUUGAAAAUCGGUUGGAUUCUGUACUUCCGAAUAGUAUGAAAGCUGGCAGUCAGAUGUCACAAUCUCUUAAAUUCUAAGAAUACAGUAAUGGUAUCUACUACAACAUGAUUAGAGGUUACCACUCUGCUUGCUGAUCUAUGUAGCGUUACUUAAAAUCUGUGCAAUGUUCUGAAAAUAUUAGUGGUGCAGACAAAUCCCUGCUCUGCUGGUAUAGCAGCUUUACACUUGGGGGACCAGAUCAUCAGCUGGGGUACAUCUGUCUGGAGUUCCAUUUUCAGAAUCAAUGGGUACCAGCUGAGAAUCAAAGCCCAGGCAGACAUCUGUCCAUCUACAAGUGCUUUUAAGUCCUUUAUGGCAUAUUAUCAGACAAUUAUUUCAAUGGUACCUGGUGGGUUGUUUUAAUUAAAAGAUGUGACGGGUUAGAGUGUGUUACAAUAUAAGAUUUUGAAUUAAGCUUCCUUUUCAGCUAGGCAGUUCAAAUUUGAUUGCAUUAAAUGAUAAAAAUUGAUAGGCUAAGUACUAGUUGCUAAUUGUUCCCUGUUCUCUGUUAGAGGAACUUGUAAUGGUAAUUUUGGAGAGAAAGUUGUUUUUCCAUGGAAAUCAUCCUACUUCUAGGUGGACAAUCACACCAUGCUUCUAGGCACACGUCUGCCAUCACUCUGGAAAAUAAACAUGCAUCCAGCUGGAUGUGCAAGCAAACGUUUGUAGCUGUGGAGGAUUACAUGGCAUAGAAGAGCUGCAUUUCCUCCCUCUUCAUGAGGUUAACUAACCUAUUUCCUAUUUUGCAUUGGAAAAUAUAAAUGCCCUAUUUUGUCUUCCUACCUCACUUUUUCCAGUUCCUAUACAACUAGGAGAGGAGUCUGCUUCUUAAAAUGUUUUGCUGUCUCACAAUAAAUUAAAAACAAAUCCUUAUGCUCAUUUCUCAUGGCUUAUUUUCUACUUUACAGAAUGUUGUAGUCCUUAUCUGUAUUCUCUGGGAUGGAAGUAACAUCUGUUUUGGUGGGGCUGUGAGAUUCCUCUGAACAUGUAAACAGUUAGCUGUUGGUAUUUGCUCUUUAUUUUUUUGUUAUUUAGUGAGGAUUUAUUCUGUCAAUCUACAGGGGCUACAGAAAUACUUGUCUUAUAUUUGGUAUCUGUAAUACCAGCAUGUUAGUAUUCUAUGAGAAGGAGUGUCUAUUUUUAAUGCUACUGUCUUCAAUUAAUAAAAUGCUGCAUUGCAGGGUGCCCUCAGUUCUUUGUUUGUUUAAUGUUAGCAUUUAUGCUAUGUAUUUUUUCAUUGUGAUGAUCUACUAGAGUAUUUGGCUGUAGAAAUGCUGCAACACGUACUCCUUUUCAUGUCAUGAAACAUUUGGGCUGGAAACCAGGCACCAUUCACGUAUUGUACUAUGUAAAUAAGAUUAAUAGAGGCUAUAGCAUUGUAUUUAUUGCUUACACUAAGAACAAAGUGGAAAAAAAUGUGAAGUUUUUUUUUUUUUGUUGUGCUUUAUUUUCACUUUGUUCACAUGAAUCAUCAUGCAUUUUAAUUGCUAAAAGAAGUAUUAUGUUUGUGAUCAAUAAAAUACUACUACAUUUAUUCAAA